CCAAACUCAAGACAAACUUUGAGAAUUUGCUUAAAUUUGAAAAGUUUAAUUGACAAAUUAAUCUCUCAAGAAACUUAUUUAUCUAUAAAUAUUAAUUCGUUAUUAUCAAAUUCAAAGAUCAUUCAAUUAGCCUUGUUAUCAUGUGGUGGAAAAGGUGAUGGUGAAUCAAAUUCAACUUCGAGAAAAUAUAGAGCUUCAAUCAUUUUUUGUCUUUUAAUUGUUUGCAAAUGGUAUAGGGAAAUGUCCUCAAUUGCUUUACAUGAUUCAGAAUUUUUGAAUUUGAAAGCAAAAUUUACAGAAUUAUUGGGUAAAAAAAUGAUUGGUCAUUUUGAAAAUGAUGAGAAGUAUCUUUUCAUUAAUAUGCUAUGUCAUCGUUAUGUUAUUAAUCUUAACAGUGAAGAUUCUGAACCUAUAAAUGCUUUAGAAUUGGCCGUUGAUAUGCACUCAAUUUUAUUUAUUAGUUCUUCAGGUUAUCAACGUUGUGUUAAAUGGUUAUGGAGAGGUUGGAUCGUUCAAUCAUCUUAUGACCCAACUUGUUAUGUAAUGUAUAAAGAUCUUGAUAAAAUCUCAAUUAGAGCCCAUUUUUCUCCGGAAAGAAUCAAAGCUCCAAAAUACCAAAAUUUAUUUGAAAUUGUCUUCUCUUUAUUCUAUUUAAUACUAUUCUCCAUUGUUUUGAAUAUUCACGACAUUGAUCCACAAAUUAAUUUUCUUGAAGCAGUUUAUUAUCUUUUCACGGCUGGUUUCAUAUUAGAUGAAAUAACUAAAUUAUAUCAUAUUGGCUACAAUUAUCUUGGUUUUUGGAAUGCCUUUAAUGACACAAUGUAUACCAUUGUUUCUAUCUCGUUUGUCUUGAGAAUAAUGGCUGUAUUAUCAAAAACUGGUUCCAAACAGGCUUAUUUAUAUCAGGAAGUAUCCUAUAAAAUUUUGGCUUGUGCUGCUCCCUUUAUGUGGACAAGAUUAUUGUUGUAUUUAGAUGCAGAAAAAUUUGUUGGCGCAAUGAUUGUUGUUAUUCAACGAAUGAUGAAAGAAUCAAUUUUGUUCUUUGUCUUAUUAUUAAUCAUCUUUGUUGGCUUUUUACAGGGCUUUUUAGGCUUUGAUUCUGCUGAUGGUAGAAUCACUUUGACUCGAUUGGUAUUACAUAAAAUGGCUACAACUGUUAUUGGUGGUGCUGAUUUCGGUACUUUCGAAAGACUUGCUCCUCCAUAUUCAGGUAUCUUGUAUUACUUGUUUGUGUUUUUAAUCUCGGUUAUCCUAUUGAAUAUUCUUGGUGCUCUUUACAAUAGUUCGUAUGCUCUCAUUGUGGCAAAUGCUACCAAUGAAUAUUUAGCUUUGUCUGCUCAUAAAACUUUAAGGUAUAUUAGAUCCCCAGAUGAAGAUUUAUACAUUCCUCCAUUAAAUCUUAUUGAAUUUUUCUGCCUAACAUUGCCAGUUCAUUGGUGGUGCCCUUCAUUAGUAUUCGAUAAAUUAAAUUAUUGGAUUUUAACUGUCUUGUAUUCACCAUUUUUAGUUAUAAUAGCUAUAAGUGAAAUUAAAGAAGCUAGAAGAGUCCAAUAUAACAGAUUCAAAGGAUUGGCUGAUGAUGCUAAUGAGGUUGAUACACCAUGGGAUUUAGAAGAUGGCUAUGAAGACAGCUAUAAAGAUGGGUCAUUGAUUGCAAGUUCAGGCAUUAUAUCAAACACCUUAGCAAUUAACCAAGAAUUGAGAAAUCAAAGAGAAGGUGAAAAUGCGGACCCUGAAUUUUUCAUGAAUUUAGUUCAAUUUAAUCAAAAAUUAAAUCACAAUUUCAAG